AUGGUAAAUGGUGUACCGGCUACUCCAAUCAAAGUAUCUGCUGUUAAGAUACCAGUGAAUAAAACAAUGAACGUACAAACCACACCAUCUAAAGAAAAGAAGCAAAAAAAUGAACCGAAAAGGCAUAAAAGAUCAUCACAAAAGAAAGAUAAGAAGGCCAAAUCGUCAUCAUCAACUUUGACCAUCGGAUGUCCAAUCGUCUUCAUACUUACGCCAUUUGUCAUUUCAAAGUUCCUUCUUUGAAAUUUACAGCUAUUUUGAAAUAUUACUAUCAACUGGAAUAGUUUUCACUUUCAUGUACUCUUCUUCUAUUCAAUAAAUAAAUGACUUUGCGUAACAA